CCGGCGGCGCUCCCGCCUCCGGGCGGUCACGCCCUCCCCAUACUCAGUCACCGCCCCGAGACCCGUUCCCCCGCCCUAUCGGAGGUGCAUGGGGAUCCUGCCCCUAUAGGGAGCGCACCGCCCCCACUCUCCUUUUGGCAGAGUGCGCGACCACCAGUGCUGCAGGUGCCCGGCGGGGUGUGGGGGGGCCCCGCUCGCACCGCCCUGGCUCCUCCCGCCGGGGUCCUCGCCGUCCCCUACGCCCGCCCCACUGCCCCGCCCCGCCCGGCCGACGGCGGGUGAUGGCGCUGGCCUGUGCCUGAGGAGCYGCAGCGGGGGACGGCGGGGGAGCCAUGGAGGAGGACCCGGAGCUGGAGAGGAAGGCUGUGGAAGAGUUACUUAAGGAGGCAAAACGUGGGAGAACCAGAGCUGAAACAAUGGGAGCUAUGGGUUGGUUGAAAUGUCCUCUUGCUGGUACAAAUAAAAGGUUUCUUAUUAAUACCAUCAAAAACACAUUGCCAUCUCAAAAAGAACAAGACCAAGAACGUGAGCAAAARGAAGACAAUAAGGAGUCUGAGGCAAACAAAAGCAGGAAAGAAGAAAAACCAAAGAAACACAGAAUUCACCCAUAUACACCCAGCUUUCAGUCCAGACGGAGAGUCAGCUACUCUCCUCCAAGGCACCAAACYAGGAACCAGCACACAAAGGAUAAACAUGAAAAGCGAUCCAGCAGACGAUGAGGAGAGUGACAAGGACAGGAAGACUGGGGCUUCGUGGCCUUUCCAUGUUGAGUCAGAGCAAGAGUGCCACCUAUAGGCACGGGAGCCCCUCGCCUCUCUGCACUUUGCUGCAUCUCAGAGAGCUCGUGUCAGCUGCGAGAUGGGAAGACCAAAGUGGAGGUCUGCUCCGGCUGGAUUUUGGUACAUGAACUGGGAUUUGCUCUUCCGAGAAGUGGGAAGGUAGUUAUACUGGCGUUGAGCCCACUGGAGACUGCCAGGAUCAGCAUAUCCAAUGAAGUGGGAUACUGCAACAUUUUCCCAGAGGAGUUACACACAGUUCCUUUAUUUCUCUGCAAGACCCAGAGYACUAAAAUAGAACUCUCGGCCUUUCAGAAAAUUUACAAUUAUUUAAGUGGGAUCAAUGCAAAAGUGGUAUCUUUGGAGAAGGUAAGCACUGUCUUCAGUUUAAAUAAACAGAUGGUGUUUGCAGCCCUURUUCUGCUGAUUGCUGCUUGUGUACUCCUUAAUAAUCUUCUUGGGAAGGACAGCAGCCAUAAUACUGGCUGGUUCUGCUGCAGUGACAGUGCUGGAUGGAUGUGACUUUGAAGGAGAGAAUUCAUCUCACCACUGGUCAGGAUUUGAACUGGAGAUGUUCCACAGAAAAAAAUUUUGUGAAUUCUUGCUGGUCUGGCUUGUGGUGGUAAUAUGCUGUCCUGAGAGCUUUCAACUCUCAGGCCAUCAAACAGCACUUUAGGAUAAGGGCCGUUGUUGAUGCUCUAUUAAUUUAUGCCAAGCUUUCAGGUAGGGAAACUGGAGCAUGCUCUCAAAAUUAGUCUGGAUUUCUGAUAAUGCUUGCAUGCUGGAAAUGCUCAACUAAAGUGUCUGACAUGACCUGUACAGAUAGCUGGASAAAGCUUGUUUUCAUCCGUGGUGGUGGUGGUUUCAGAUUUAUUUCCACAUUUUUCUGAUUUGCAGAACAUACACAAAUUAUUAAUCUUGGAUUGGUUAAUUCCAUGUUUUAAUGCUGUCUCUUGUAAGUGUACUUAAUAGAAACAAAAUCCUCUGCUGCUCAUUAACUGUUCUUAAGGCAAUUCUUUAUAGAAUCACAGAAUGGGUAAACUUGGAGCCCAGUGAUUUCUUUUUUAAUAAGGUUAGUACACAAAGACAGGCUUGUAUUUUGUCUGCAAUUGCUCAUAUUGUGCAGCACCAGUUUCAUGUUUAUAAGGCAUCUUAAAGAUAGGAUUUAACCCUGAAAAUUAAGAUUUGGACAUGACUUCUCCAAAUGUGUUACUAGCUGCUGUGCACUUGUUACUUGUAAAAACACCUAGUCCUUAAAUAAAUACAUAAAUAAAUAAAU